CGGCGAGUGGCACCCUACUCCCGCCCCUCACCCACUUUUCUCCAGAAUGGGCUGUGCGCAUCCUUAAAUAUCGCCCACCACCUUCGCCCACCACGACUUUUUUUUUCUGCCCCUUCCUCAGGUCUCCUUCCUCUCUUUCUCAAUUUCAUUCUUUGACUGACACGUUCCUCUCGCGAACGCUCUCCGCUCAGUCUUUACUUUGUUCUUGCGUCUUCUUCUUAGAAGAGCCAGGAUAGAGUAGGAAUUUCGACUUUCCCAUCGAAAUUUCCUACGGGCUCGCCCUUGGCCACUCGCCAGCGCAGCAUAAUAUACCCCGCCGAUAGACGGCGCUUUCGACGUAUUGUUUCGGAUCGCGACGACAUAGACAGCGGUCUCUCUUUUCCCGAAAAUCCCCCCUUCAAAGUCAACCAUAAUGCCUGCCACUUCCGCCAAGGAGAACGCCGAGAGCGUCAAGGUGCUCAAUGAGCUGAUGCAGAAGCUCACUGUCUCCAAGGAUGCCGAUGCUAUCAAGGCGGCUUCCGGAGCCCUUGCCUCGUUCAUCAAUGGGCCUAUCGAGGACCUCGAUACCCCGACCCAAACGAUCGAGGCACUGAAGAAGCAGCUCGCCAACAAGAAGGAUGCCACCGUUCGUGAGAAGGCCCUUGUGGCCAUCCGGGACAUAGCCCAGCACUCGGAAGUCUCUUCGCACGUCGAGCCAUACUUCAUCGUCCUCCUUCCGUUGGUGCUAGCUGCUGCCGGCGACAAGAUCACGGCCGUCAAAAAUGCCGCCAUUGCGGCUGCCCUGGCCGUUGCCGAGGCGCUGAACCCCAACAGUAUCAAGGCUGCUCUCCCGCCACUCAUCGACUCGCUCAAAAACGCUCAGAAGUGGCCCGAGAAGAUGACGGCCCUCGACUUCAUUGAUACGCUCAUUCGAACCGCCCCUUCUCAGACUUCUCUCCGCGUGCCCAACUUGAUCCCCGUCAUUUCGGAGGCUAUGUGGGACACCAAGAAGGAGGUCAAGGAUCGCGCAUACAAGACGAUGGAGAAGCUGUGCCAGCUCAUUGUCAAUCGCGAUAUCGAGCGCUUCAUUCCGGAGCUUAUCAAGUGUAUUGCCAAGCCCGAGAACGUCCCUGAGACGGUUCACUUGCUAGGCGCCACCACUUUCGUAACCGAAGUCCAGGAGCCCACUCUCGCGCUCAUGGUUCCCCUGCUCGAUCGUGGUCUCGCCGAGCGAGAUACCGCCAUCAAGCGAAAGGCAGCUGUCAUUGUUGACAACAUGUGCAAGCUCGUCGACGACCCCAACAUCGUUGCUCCUUUCCUGCCCAAGAUGAUGCCCGGUCUUCAAAAGAACUACGACAAUCUUGCCGAUCCCGAGGCUCGUGAGAAGACCAAGCAGGCUCUCGACACCAUCAUCCGUGUCGGUAACGUCAAGGAUGGUGUUAUCCCCGAGGCUCGCAAUGAUGGUGACCUUGCCAUCGUCUUGGCCAAGCUCAAGGAGGUUCUCUCUGGAAAGCACGCCGUGGUCGCUGGGAAGUUUGCCCCUGUUCUGGAGUUUAUCGCAGCUGUUGCCGGUCAGCUCGUCGACGAGAAGGAGCUGGAGGGCAUCGCCUGGACCAAUAACGUGAAGCCUUACGUCACGGUUCUCGUUGGCGAGGCUGAAUCUCAAGCCGUUGUCGAUGCCCUCCGCAAGAAGGCCUCCCCCGCCCUCGCCGACGAGGAAGAGGUUGAUGCCGAUGACGAAGAGGGCGAGGAUCUUUGCAACUGCACGUUCUCGCUUGCCUACGGUGCCAAGAUUCUGCUCAAUCAAACCAGCCUCCGCCUCAAGCGUGGUCAGCGCUAUGGUCUUUGCGGCCCCAACGGCUCUGGCAAGUCGACGCUCAUGCGUGCCAUCAACAACGAGCAGGUCGAGGGCUUCCCCAAGCAGAGCGAAGUCAAGACUGUCUUUGUUGAGCACGACCUCGACUCGGAGGAUACCGAGAUGACUACGAUCGACUGGACUAUGAAGAAGCUCGGCGAGGCUGGCGUCAGCACUUCGAAGGAGGACGUCGAGGCCCGCCUGUUUGAGUUCGGAUUCAGCAAAGAGAUGAUCAGCGGCGAUAUUUCCGCUCUGUCUGGUGGCUGGAAGAUGAAGCUGGCCCUGUGCCGUGCCGUCUUCGAGGCUCCUGAUAUUCUCCUCCUCGAUGAGCCCACUAACCAUCUCGACGUGAAGAACGUGAAGUGGCUUGAAGAGUAUCUGAUCAACUCUCCUUGCACGUCGAUCAUCGUUUCUCACGACAGCUCGUUCCUUGACAACGUUUGCCAGCACAUCGUUCACUACGAGCGCUACAAGCUCAAGCGUUACCGGGGUAACCUCAAGGACUUUGUCCGCCGUCUUCCAUCUGCCAAGUCUUACUACGAGCUUGGCGCGUCUGAGAUUGAGUUCACGUUCCCGGAGCCUGGUUUCUUGGAGGGUGUCAAGACCAAGGCAAAGGCCAUCCUGCGUGCCACCAAGAUGAGCUUCCAGUACCCCGGGACGCCCAAGCCCCAGAUUUCGGACAUCUCGUUCCAGUGCUCUCUGGGAUCCCGUAUCGCUGUCAUCGGCCCCAACGGCGCCGGAAAGUCUACCCUCAUCAAUGUUCUCACCGGAGAGCUGAUCCCCACACAAGGCGAGAUUUACCAGCACGAGAACAUUCGUAUUGCUUAUAUCAAGCAGCACGCUUUCGCGCAUAUUGAUAACCACCUCGACAAGACUCCUUCCGAGUACAUCCAGUGGCGUUUCCAGACUGGCGAGGAUCGCGAGACGAUGGACCGCGCCAACAAGAUCAUCACCGAGGCCGACGAGAAGGCCAUGGACCGUAUCUUCAAGAUUCAGGAUACCCAGCGCAAGGUUAUCAGCAUCAGCUCCCGGAGAAAGUUCAAGAACAGCUACGAGUACGAGUGCUCGUUCUCUCUGGGCGAGAACGUGGGCAUGAAGAACGAGCGCUGGGUGCCGAUGAUGACGGCAGACAAUGUCUGGCUUCCCCGCAACGAGCUUAUCUCGUCCCAUCAAAAGAUGGUUGCCGAUGUCGACAUGAAGGAGGCCCUUGCUUCUGGACAGUUCCGCCCCCUGGUGCGGAAGGAGAUCGAGGCUCACUGCGCCAACUUUGGAAUCGACGCCGAGUUGGUGUCCCAUUCGCGUAUGCGUGGUCUCUCUGGUGGCCAGCGUGUUAAGGUUGUUCUUGCUGCCUGCUCGUGGCAGCGUCCUCAUUUGAUCGUUCUGGAUGAGCCGACCAAUUAUCUCGAUCGUGACUCGCUUGGCGCCUUGUCCAAGGCCCUCAAGAAGUUCGAGGGUGGUGUCAUCAUUAUCACUCACAGCGCUGAGUUCACAAAGGAUAUCACCGAGGAGGUGUGGGCGGUCAUGGACGGCAAGAUGACGCCUUCCGGCCACAACUGGGUGCAGGGACAGGGCGCUGGUCCCCGCCUGAAGGGCGAUGACGACGACGAGGAGGAGAAGUUCGACGCUAUGGGCAACAAGAUUGUGUCGACUAAGAAGAAGGCCAAGCUUACCAGCUCUGAGCUGCGGAAGAAGAAGAAGGAUCGCAUGGCGCGUCGCAAGCGUGGCGAGGAGGUGUUUAGCGACGAGGACGACUGAUGUGUUCGCGCUGUGGAUUUCGUCGCCUUUUGUUCUACGGAUAUUAAAACAGUUGCUUUUUUAGGGUUUGGUUUGCAUU